AUGUCUCCUCCUCAAACAUUGUCACCUCCUCGCCCAGCCGGGCUAGUGGUCUUCCAUGUGGGAUGGGGAUCUCGUUUCCCCCUCUGGCGUCCACUUCUGGACAACAGCCUGGUCUGGCUUCAAGACCUGACCAGGUUUCUUCGGUGCCCUCUUCUUCUCUUCCGUCUCCCCCCUCCCAGCCCCCGUCGCCGCCGCCCCCGCCGCCGCUCCGGCCCCUACCCCCGGUCAUCACCACCAUCUUCCGGGGAAGACGGUGGGCCAUCGUACCCCACACCACCCUCGACGCCUCCCCCGACUCGAACGCCUACCCCUUCCUCCGGCCGCAAGAAGCUCUGUAGCGAAUGCCGCCAUGAAUUCUCCUACAAAAACUACGCCGACCAUGUCAAGUGCCACGCGCUGGAAGGCGAUGAAGGAGCUCCGGCCAAGCCGUGCAAGCAAUGCAGGACACACCCUGAAAUGUGUCGCGUUGCCAUCAAUCCCAAGAGAAUGGGCACAUACGCUUGUGUCUGUUGUAUCAAGGGCCACAAGUCGUGCGAGCACACGGCUCAUAAGGUUAGGGGGGGUGAUGGAGGCCCUGAUAGACAUCCCAUGUUGCUCGAGGAUGGGAGCAGUCCGUCUAACGGAGGCUCUGAUACGCAUCCCGUGGUGCUCGGGGAUGUGACGAGUUCUUCUGAGGAGGUUAAUCAUGGCACACCGGUGUCCGUUGGGGUUGCAUAA